UGAUCAGGAAAUUCCUUUGAGUUAGGAAAGUGUGGUUUUCUUUGUAUGCAAAUAUUCAUUAGCAGAACUGGGAUGAGAAAACAGGUCAUCCAUUUUGUGGUUAGCUUGAAAUCUAUGACAAGCAACUUAAAAGCGUACCAGAAUCAAAAUCUUCUAGACAAGGACCCAUAUUUUUCACAUUUUGUUCGAAAGGCUUGAGACAGAGAGGGAGAGCAUAUUUUGGCAUGGUUUCCUCUGCUGAGAGGCUGAGACCGUCUCCCUCGGGAUCCCAUCAGAUGGGGGGACUGUGCGAAACGACAUGUCUAUGUGCAUGCGUGAAGAGCGAGAGAGAGCUAGAGCGAGGGAAAGAGCAUGUGUGUGCACAGAACGGAAAGGGGCAGAGUGUGAGUGCGAGCGCAGAUGAUGCUGCUCGUGGAAGGAGAUGGUGCAGGUUUUGGCCAGAUUUUCCCCGCUAAGGUUUGACCUCUGUGUCCUUUCAGUUUGGCAUCUCAGCUUCUCAGAGAGACACAGAACGACAAAGGGAAGGGAGGAGGGUGGUACAGGCAGAGGAUAUCAUGUGUGCACUAUAACUAAGGAAAAGGAGCAGAGAGAGUUGGAGAAGAGGGGGAAAUAAGACACAAGGCAGAAGCUGCAGACACCGUCCCUUUAUUGGCCAGAACCGGCAACAGAGACAAAAGAGGUAAAGCAUCCGAAGCCUCGUUACUCCUCGGAUUCCAUGUGCCACUGGCAACUCAUUGAGGGUGAAUAGGAUGUCUGUGUCUGGAAAAAAGGAGUUUGACGUGAAGCAGAUCCUCAGGCUCCGCUGGCGCUGGUUCAGCCACAGCACUCAGACCUCCGCUGGGAAUGGGGGCUACAUCCAACAGGAAGGUUUCGACCACCGGGGAACACCGGUCCGGCUGAAGAGUCACUCCCGGGACAGAGGAGGAUUCCGCAAGAGCAACAGCCCUGUGCACAGCAUUCUGGCACCGAACCCUGGACCCACGCCUGUUUAUGUCAGGGCAGGCGAUCAAUCAUGGCACCAGCAAAACAUCAUCCAGCACCUCCAAGCUAGCGAGGAGCAGCUUCCCAAGAGCAACUCACCUUGCAGUGCCAGGAAAGAGGAUGCGAAGAGCAGCCAUGAGGAUGUGAAGAGCAAUCCGGAGGAACCCUGUGAGGAGGAAGCCAUAGACAGGUUGGCUUUGAGCAGUUUCUCUAGGAUGAGCUCCAACUGCUCCGAUGAGUUUUUCCAGGCCACGAACCAUGCGGAACAGACCUUUCGAAAGAUGGAGACCUAUCUUCAGCACAAGCAGCUGUGUGAUGUACUUUUGAUAGCUGGAGACCACAAGAUCCCUGCACACAGACUUGUCCUGAGCGCAGUUUCAGACUACUUUGCUGCCAUGUUCACCAAUGACGUCAGGGAGGCAAAACAAGAGGAAAUUAAAAUGGAGGGUGUAGAUCCUGAGGCGUUGCGAGCACUGGUUCAUUUUGCAUAUACUGGAGUCCUGGAGCUAAAAGAGGACACAAUUGAAAGUCUGUUAGCUGCUGCUUGUCUCCUCCAGCUCUCACAAGUUAUUCAGGUCUGCUGUAACUUUCUGAUGAAACAACUGCACCCUUCCAACUGCCUGGGGAUCCGUUCGUUUGCUGACGCUCAGGGAUGCAUGGAUCUUUUGAACGUGGCUCACAACUACACUGUGGAAAACUUUCUAGAGGUCAUUCAGAAUCAGGAGUUCCUCUUGCUGCCCACAACGGAAAUUGUCAAGCUUUUGGCCAGCGAUGACAUCAACGUUCCAGAUGAAGAAACGAUUUUCCAAGCCCUGAUGAUGUGGGUUCGCUAUGAUGUGCAGCACCGACAACGGGAUCUGGGAGUGUUGCUGGCAUAUAUUCGACUUCCCCUUUUACCACCACAGCUUCUUGCUGAUCUGGAAAACAAUAAGAUGUUUUCAGAAGACCUGGAAUGCCAGAAGCUCCUGAUGGAAGCCAUGAAGUACCAUCUUUUGCCAGAACGCCGUCCCAUGCUACAGAGCCCAAGAACCAAACCACGGAAAUCCACUGUUGGAUCGCUCUAUGCUGUUGGAGGCAUGGACGCCUCUAAAGGGUCUACGACGAUAGAGAAAUAUGACCUUCGCACAAACCGAUGGAUCCAAGUUGGCAUCAUGAAUGGGCGAAGACUUCAGUUCGGGGUUUCAGUGAUUGAUAACAAACUCUACGUGGUUGGAGGAAGGGAUGGACUCAAGACCUCUAACAUGGUGGAGUGCUACAACCCAAUCACUAAAGUGUGGUCCACCAUGCCACCAAUGUCAACGCACAGACAUGGAUUAGGAAUUGCUGUGCUGGAGGGGCCUAUGUAUGCUGUGGGAGGCCAUGACGGAUGGAGCUAUUUGAACACAGUAGAAAGGUGGGACCCCCAGGCGAGGCAGUGGAAUUAUGUGGCCAGUAUGUCCACACCACGCAGCACAGUCGGGGUCACUGCUCUCAAUGGAAAGUUGUUUGCUGUCGGUGGUCGUGAUGGAAGCUCCUGUCUGCGAUCGAUGGAAUGUUUUGAUCCCCACACUAAUAAAUGGAGUAUGUGUGCACCCAUGUCAAAGAGGAGGGGAGGAGUGGGCGUGGCCACAUAUAACAGUUUCUUGUAUGCUGUCGGAGGACACGAUGCACCAGCUUCAAACCACUGUUCACGUCUCUCUGAUUGUGUGGAGAGGUAUGACCCAAAAACAGACACAUGGACCACAGUGUCAUCUCUGAGUGUACCCCGGGAUGCAGUGGGGGUGUGUCUGCUGGGAGACAGGUUAUAUGCGGUCGGAGGAUAUGACGGUCAGACCUACUUAAACAGCGUUGAGUCCUAUGAUGCACCAAACAAUGAAUGGACUGAGGAGGUCCCUUUAAACAUCGGGAGGGCAGGGGCAUGUGUGGUGGUUGUGAAACUGCCUUGAAGGCUCAGAAUCUGAACUGUGGCCUCAAGAGGAGGACUGCGAUGGAAACACUUGGAAUGCUCUUUUCACGUAGUACACAACGUUCAUGAAAGCUAUCGUCAACACUGGAUUCAUCUCAACAGAUUUAGACAGCUAUGUGCCGUUCAGUCUGUUUUUGCUCAGAUAUUUUAGCACUAAUACAGACUGAAAUUAAAGGGGUUGUGGGGGUGGGUGGGUAUUAUUGUAAGAUUUUACUUAAUUAUAUGAUACAUUUUAUAGUAAAGGAAUUCUUUUUAAAAUGCAUCCAGAAAGACUUUGAGUUACGAUUUUUCAUUUUAAUUGUACAUCCUCAUCACAUUUUUGACAUGAUAUCCUUUAACUAUAAAACUACAUCUGAUUUUCAAAGACAGCAGCAUACUUGUUUACCUGUGCAAUUUUGUGGAAAAUGUAUUUUGAUCUUAGAUAAAUGAUUUUAAAAGACCACUGUGAAUCCUUCCAGCUCUGCUUACAACAAACUAAUUUUGGUAUACCCAAAAUGUUUGUGGACACAUACUCAUGCAGUUCUCAUCAAAAUAAAUGUUUUGGUCUGAGACUAGGUUCAGCAAGAAACUAUAUUAAAGGGAUAGUUCACCCAAAAAAGAAAAUGUGAUGUUUAUCUGCUUACCCCCAGGGCACACGAGAUGUAGGUGACUUUGUUUCUUCAGUUUAACACAAAUCGUUGCAGUCUGUCAGUCUUACAAUGGAUGUGAAUGAGAAUCGUGGCUAAAACAUACAAUAAAACAAUAUAAAACCUAAAACAAAACAAUAUAACAAACAAAAGCCAUUUAAACCCUGCACCUCGUGUCAAUACAUUGUUGUGUAUAGACAAAAACGAUGGGUCUGUGCAGGUAACUGAACAGUAUUUAUAUAGUUUUUUACCUCUGAUUCAUGCAGUGUCCGAACUGUUAGAAUCUCCUGAGCACGUUCUCAGCAGCAGGCGCGUGAGGCAUCGUCAACGUCGUCAUGAUUUAUAGUGGAUCGUAGACUUAUAAAUUCAUUAUCGCCACCUAUCUCUCAAGUGGACCAUUGACACUCGUAAUUGAGAUUGUAGAUAGUGUCAGUGGUCCAUUUGAGAGAUAGGAGGCAGAUACAUUUUACAUUUUCAUUUUUGGGUGAACUAUCCCUUUAAGAAGCUGUCUCUGAAACAGAA